AUGUUCUGUACUAAAACAAGUAUUGGUUACUUCAAUUAUCUUCGAUUUGUACAUCUUUUUCAUGAACCAAAACUGCGUCUACUGUAUAGUUUACUUAUUAUUUCAUUUCUUGUCUCAAUCACUUGGGUUUCGUUUGCUGCUGGCUUUAAUGCAAAUGCAUCAUUCAGCAUUACUCAAUUAUAUCCAUAUCAACUUUGUUGGUUUACUCGAGAUGUUAUUUACUAUUUCAUGACAACACCUGUUUGUUUAUUUCUUCUACUAAAUCUUUUUACGAUUAUUUUUGUCAGUAAACAUAUUAUCGUUCAUGCUGGAAGUGCUACAACACGACAUCAAUCGUAUGAACGAAUGAAACAGUGUGUACUUAUCUUAUUAUCAUCGUGUGUGACACAAGGUAUUGGAUGGUUGUUUGGACCAUUUAUUUCAUUUGUGAGUCCGACCGGUGGAGACGUUUUAGAAUGGUUUUUCAUUAUAUUUAAUGGAUUGGAAGGUGUUUGGUCUAUAAGUCUAUAUAUAAUAAUUCUAUCACAACGAAUGGAAGAGCAAAAACGUGUUGCAGCUGGUAAUGAACUUACUAAAAUAUUGAGUAUUUGUGUUAGCAAAGGCAAAAAAUCGCCUAAUGGAAAUGCUAGAAGAAAAAAUAAUGCUGAAAGAGAAAACUUAGGAAUAGUACAACGUAAUAUGCGUAAAGAAUCAAUGAAUGAAUUCGAUGGCUUAAAUGAAAAUGUACAUAUUGAUGAGGCAAGAAGUGGAAGUGUUGUUGCGUCGUCCUGA